CAGAUGUUGAUGUCUUAAGGAGAGAUCUCAGUCACCUCUGAACCGACAACAUGAAGACAAACGCUGCAGAAUACUUCAGCAGCCUUUCGCCUCUCAAAGCUGCUCACAACACGUCAGGGAGCAGUGUGUACGAGAGCCAUGUGCAGAAUGGUCGUUCAGGGCGGUGCCAUUGCUGCCCCUAUGGAUACCACAUCGACCUGGACUUUGUGCGAUACUGCGACAUGCUCACACAGGGCUCGAAGAAUGACAGCCCGACCCUUCGACACCUCAAGAAGCUCAAGCGGGCCAGGCGACGACAGACAAAGUCCAUGGAGGUUCUCCUCGGCCUGUCUCCGGGGAAGGAAAACGAAGCGCCACCCAACCAGCUCUCGCAGACGAGGCUGGAGAUUAUUGAGGAGCCAAGGAAGAUCGAGACCCUGAAACACGAGACCUCCUCGAUUGCACGAAGGUCCCACUCGCUGCGGGAACGAACGCCCCCUCCCCCUCCCCCCAGGCGAUGCAGGACCCCUCUGAUGUCUCCCCCGCCGGAUGUCAUCAACACCACGUCCCACUCCAGCUCUGGCCUCAACUCCAGCUCCAACCUGGAUGCGAGUGAGGCCCUGCAGGAGGCUGUCCUCGACUUCGAGGAGAUGCUUGAGAACUCCCGCGAGAGACGAAACCACCAGAGGGACCGUGCGGACACCCUGCCUGCCCCCAACGUGCCCUCCCUCGACCUUCUCCACCACACUCCUCCGCCACAGCAAAAUCACCACCACUCCCUGAGCCCCAAGCCAGGGGGUGUUGGGGUGACGCGCUCGCACUCGCUCCCCAGGCAAUGGUUUAACAGACCUCUGCUCUCGCCUCCUGCCUCCUCCCAGCCCUCUCCCACACAUCCCCCCACACACACCCCUGACGAGACCACUCCGGGGCUCGCAGAGGGACGGACACAGAUGGCGGUGCUGAAGGCCUUGCGCCGCAGCUGGGCCAGGUACACCAUAGGGGGCCGCAUUCCCCGACGCUUCUCAGACGGUGCAAUGCUUGAGGAUUCGCCGCUGCUGAGCCGCCACCAUCACACCAACUCCACCUCCUCCCUCUCCUCUGCCUGCUCUACCCCAGGCUACCAGGGUGGGGCCCCUCACUCGUCCACUCUGCCGUCGGGCGGAGGCUAUGGGGUCUCACCGGGCGCCCCGCUCAACAAUGGACUCUCGCCUGGGUUCGGACUGCCACCAAGCAAUGUAGGGAUAAUUCAGCAACAAAUGCCGCCCUCCCCACAUCUCUCUGACACCCUGGCGGCACUCAACGCCAGCAGUCGGGGCUACUAUCCGGCUGCGAUGCCGGACUUUGACACUAUGAGUGUGACGUCUGCCAUGUCUGGGGUCAGCACCUCCACGCUCCAGUCCAUUCGCGAUCAAAUGGCAACGAGUUUGAGUCGACUGAAGGAACUGGAGGAGGAAGUCAAGACCAUCCCAGUGCUGCAGGUCAAGCUGAAUGUCCUGAAGGAGGAGAAGCGGUUCCUCCUUCAGCAGCUCAAGUCGUUGAGGCUCAAGGGUGAUGACGUGCCCUUCCUGCUUCCCCCUGGAUUGGACAGUGACCUCACUGACCUCUCAGAGGAUGAGCUGGAGGGUCGUUUGGCCUCCCUAAAGCAGCACCGGCGGCCAUCACGCAGGCGCAGCGAGUCACCCAUGCGGGUCAACCUGGAGGAGUUCCGUUCGUAUCGGCGUGCAAGGCGAGGCUCUCUCUCAGAGGGCUCAGAGUGUGAGUCAGUGCGAUCAGUGGCAGAUGACACGCCUCUUUUCAUUAAAGAGGUGCAGGAUCACACCUCAGAGCGUCGUCUUAGCUAUGACACGUCAGCUGAGAGGCGCUUGGGCUUGGACCAAACUGGAGAGAAGAGAGUGAGUCACAGUAUGCCCAGCACCCCUCUCGUUCCCCGAAAGAGUGUCCGUGACGCAGCUACUAGUUGCCGAGUUCUGACAAGGGACAUAGGGGUGUCCCAUAUAGGAGCACGCACACGUUCUGUUGGCCUCACCACGGAUAAGGUAGAGGUGGAUAGGAGGAAGGAGAUCAAGGCCAAGCCCUGCAUGCAGUGCUAUGAGAGGAAUCGCAGGACCUUUGAAAGCAAGGGAGUCGGGACUCCUACAGAGCUACAAGGAGACAAGCACAGGCGGCUGAGCAUGAGCAGUGUGUCCUUGGAGAGUGUAGAGCCAGAUGAUGUGGAUGCAGACCAUAGGGAUCCUUUGGAGAGAGAGGGCAGCCCCAAGAAUGCCUUUCUGCAAAAACUGGGCAGGAAGUCUGCCAUUAUCAGCCGGCUGUCAGAGCCGCAGCUAGCUCCUCCAGUGCUCACUUUUGACAAUUCCACCAACACUGAGCAUGUGCAUACUAGGGACCAGAGACUCAACACCAGUAUCUCCAUGAAGGAUCUUUUCUCAAGAGAAGAGCUCAACCAACAGCUGGCCGAUGCAAAGAGGAAGUGGGAGGCGACAAGAGAGGCCCAGGCCGUAGCACAUGAGAGGAGGCGAGAGAUGCAGAAACCCCUCAUGAUAGACUGUGGGGUCCAGGUGGCCACGAAGGAUGCCAGCUUCACCAAAACAAAGUUCCAGCCUCUCUUGCAAAGCAUUGGUGUGAUGGCCAAGCCCUCCCUAGUCGACAUAGGUGUGGGGAUGGCAAAACUUACAGACCUCCUCUGUGACAAGUGUAGCAAUGUGAAGAAGCGGUCUGUUGGAUCUGGAGAUGGACUGACGACGGAUCUCAUUUGUGAUAAAUGUACUAACACAAAAACUAGAUCUGUUGGUGUUGGAGAUUCCAAACUAAGUGAUAUUUUGUGUGAGAAAUGUUCACAGGUUCAAACAAAAUCAGUGGGUUCCAGCAGUGAUAGGAUCACUGACAGAAUAUGUGACCGUUGCGAUAACCUACACACUCGUUCUGUAGGGACGGGAACAACCUUAUUCUCAGAACACACCAGAGCUCCUAAAAUGUCAGCUGCAUGUGUGCAAACAUUGAAGCCAGACACUCGGACCACAGGAGUUAAUACGCAGCCCAUAAACUUGAAGAAGGAAGAACUGACUCUAGACCCAAGCGCAUCUCCCCCAAGUCCAGCUCUCACGCCAGAAGUCGAGCGAAGGUCAUUUGGCAGUUCUGGUGUGCGGAUAUGUGACAAGUGCCAUGAGACAAUUCACUCGGUUGCGAAAGACAUAGUGAAUACAAGUGGCACUGCAUCAGCAACCAAUCUUCCACCUCUUCCCCCACAGACAUCGAAAAUCCCACGGCUAGUAGACCUAACCAAAGUGGAACCGAGACUAGAUGCCCCCAGACAGGACCUGAAAUCCACUGGCAACAUUUCAAUAAGUCUAGGGUCUAGUUGCUCAGAAACUCAGAUCUCGAGCUUGAGCAGUAGCUUCACCGAGUCCAAACCCUCUUCAGCAAUGACUCGGAGUCUGACGAGAAUGGACUCGGCUCCGACUAAACCUGCCAAGCUUGAAAGGCCCUCGAAUGCCUCCAGUGAUACCUCUCCAGUCAGAUAUAGUCACUCCCCUAAUCAGGGUACGUCAAGCGAUAAUUCCUCCCUUAAGUACAGCCCGUCUCCGAUGCUGAGCUUGGCGAGCAGAGGGCGUACCAAGUCAGACCUAGGCCCCAGUACAUUAAAGGAAAGUCAGCUGCCCAAAGUCAGUCAAAAAAACGAAGCUUCAAAAGUUAGUCACGGAAGUCCUUCUAAGAAAACUGUCCAGGGCACCAGUACCAGUACUAGUACUAGUAGUACUAGUACCAGUACCAGUACCAGUACCAGUAACAGUACCCGUACAAGUACCAGUACCAGUACUAGUAACAGUACCCGUACAAGUACCAGUACCAGUACCAGUACCAUACCAGUAACAGUACCCGUACAAGUACCAGUACCAGUAACAGUACCCGUACAAGUACCAGUACCAGUACCAGUAACAGUACCCGUACAAGUACCAGUACCAGUACCAGUACCAGUACUAGUACCAGUACUAGUACCAGUACCAGUACCAGUACCAGUAACAGUACCCGUACAAGUACCAGUACCAGUACUAGUACCGCCACCAGUACCAAAACCAGUACCACCACCGUCAUGGUACAUGGGUUGCGAUCAGAGCAAAGAGCCGGAACCAGCAAUUACUUGGACAGCCAAAGAUGUUGUUGACAAACGGGGAGUCAUACGGACAACUGAACAUAGGGCAUUGUUGCCUGUCACUAGUGAGAUUAUUAAUUACAAGGACAAAGUUGCUGCAGCUAACAAUUCAGUGCUAAGCGAGACUAAACACGUGCACGAACUCGGAAUGUUGAGCAUUGUAGAGAACCCCCUCGAGAGAGAAGUUUUGGUGUAUCAUGAUUUCUCAGCAUUCAGAACACAUCCAGAUACUGAGUCGCAGUUGGAAUGUGAGUUUUCUGUGGAGGGUGACAUGUCUUCGGAUGAGGAAGACGAUGGCUCUUGUUCAGUAUAUGGUAAUGCUCUGAUGUUGCAAGAUUGUGAAUUAGUAACUCUCAACUUGUCUGUGGAUGAUGUUUCUGAAGAUAGCAAGCGUGUCCCGUACGUGCGCCAGGAAACCUACACCAAGUUUUCGGAAGGCCUGAUCAAUCUGGGCUUUGACGAGAGCGCUGAUGCAGAGCAGGCAAAGCGGCAGAAGGAGGAGAAGGCCAAGGAAUCUGCCACGAAGAAUCUCUCGGCAAUAACGGAGAGCAACAACAAUAACAGUGAUGCCUCGAAGCAAGUUGCCAAAGUGGAAAAGCAGGAAAAGGAAGCAGAGAAGAAGGAGGAGAGUCCAAAAAAGUCUAAGGAGGUGGAGCCGGUGAUCCAAGGGCGGAAGGAGCAGGAGAGCUCGUCGUCGUCUGACAGCGAGUCCGAGAACGAAACGUGCGACGAGGAAUCGUUAAUGGGGGCAUCGUUUAGCUCUCAGGCUGUCAACUCGGUGUUCCAGAGUUCCUCCUCGCUCUUCACCACGACCAGCGAGAAGAGUAGGAAGAAAUUCCUGCCACCACGAGAGAUGAAAGCUGCCCUAAAGGUUGUAAAUGACUCCAUUGGCAAGCCAGUGCGGUCAGGACAGCAGCUUACCAAUGCUGUCAACAUAAUCCAGAGGGAAUGGUUUAAGCUUUCGAGUCAGAAGGAUGCCGAUCCUCAUGCUGUAGAAGACUACAUGGACGUGUUUGAGGACUAUUCAAAGGCACUCCUUCAGCGUGUUGUCAACCUCUCUGAUGUGAACGGCAACACGGCAAUGCACUAUGCGGUUUCGCAUGGCAACUUUGAUGUUGUCUCGAUGCUUCUGGACUCCAAGGUGUGCAACGUCAACCAGCAGAACAAAGCGGGCUAUACGGCAAUCAUGUUAGUGUCGCUGGCACAGAUCCGCUCCGACACACAUGCCAGUGUCGUCCAGCGGCUCUUUCAGCUCGGCGACGUCAACAUCAAAGCCAGCCAGCAUGGCCAGACAGCCCUCAUGCUGGCCGUCUCCCACGGGCGGCUGGACAUGGUAGGCCUCCUGGUGGCCGCAGGAGCCGAAAUCAACAUCCAGGAUGAGGAUGGCUCGACGGCCCUCAUGUGUGCUGCUGAGCACGGACACUUGGCCAUCGUCAAGUUCCUCCUGAGCCAGCCUGAUACCGAUCCCACACUUAUGGAUAAUGAUGGCAGCACAGCUCUCACCAUAGCCGUGGAAGCAGGACACAAAGAUGUGGGCGUGUUAUUGUACAAGCACAUGAACCUCUCUCGUGGGUCCUCACCCUAUUCCUCUGUCAGAAUCAAGCGAUCGCGCACCCCGACCAUGUCCCGGUCUUCAGUCACGCCUCCCCCAAGGUCCUCGGCGCCUUCCUCCCCCGGCCGCUCCAGAAAAUCCUCGGCGCCGCACUCCCCGGGCCGUUCCAGGCAGAGCUCGGCCUCCCUGUCCAAUCUCAUGAUCUAGGGCAGGAGUUUUUGUGUUGUCUCUCUCGUUUGUAUGUGAUUUUUUUUCUCUCUUCGUACAUGUGUAAAGUUUUUUAUGUUUUUUUCUUUCAAACUCUCCAGUGGAGAAAUCAAUGCAGGAGCUUUAUAAAGUCCAUAUAUCUAUAGCUAAAGGUCUAGUGAUGAAAACUACAAGGAUAAAGAUGACGACUUUUGGUGCUUACUGGUUGCCGCCCUUACUUCUAGAAACUCGUUAACACUCCGAACUGCAUUCCGGGGGAUCUGAUCCUGUUACCAACACCGUUUAAUUUCUGUGCUGUUGGCCCUUAUCUCCCUCAAAUCAUACAUGAAACCCCUAACUCAGAACUUAAAUGGCUUUACGAACGGUGCUCCUAUUAACAGCAAAAAAGCCAUAAAAGCACAAGCAGUUUGUUUCUCUUUACAUUAGAGCUUGAGGAUUGCAUUUAUGUUGCGUUCCAUUGUGAGAGCUUUGUCAUGAAUUAUUGAUUGUAGUGAUGCUGACAUUUCCGUAAAGGGUUCAGGCCUAAAAUUAUGAAGGUCUCUUGUGUUGUGUAUUUUUUAUGAUAAUAACACUAUAUUAAUUACACAACAAUAGCGUAUACUUUCUUAAUCAUAUCUUACUCAACGAGAGCGUAUACUUUCUUGAUCCAUAUAGACCUGGCUUGUGCUUCCGCCACAGAAGAAUAAUCCUCUGUUGGGUUAUUAUUAGGAUAACAAGAGUCACAAUUAAAGUAGGAUAAGUUGGUAAGUCUGCAGUCAUAUUUAUUCCAAAAGGUAGAAAGUUAUAAGAGGGAGGAUCUCUACUCAGUGGCACUGAAUAUGACCAAAGGAGGUCUUUUCUACAGGUGCUUCUUCGGCGAACUUGUGACUUCACAAAUGGCCCACUGUCUUGCCUCCUGUAUGAAGUCCUUUUAUACUCUUUUGGUAUAGGACCGUAUGUGUGAAGAGGAAAGAAGAAAAAAAAAAGGAUUUAAAUGUAACAGGAUUGCUGAAAGAAAUGAGGGAGGAAGGAAAGGAAAAAAGAAAGAGAGAAAAAGAAAGGGAUGAAUGGGGGAGGAAGAAAAGAAGCAAAGGCAGAAAAAGGAAGGACUGAAGGUCUUAUUGUGAUAAUUUAUUUACUGACUGAAGUUUGUUUAUGAUCUUGGUGUAUUUUUCCAUGGAAUGUAUUUAUUUUGUUGUGUUGAAAGUAUUGAUGGAGCAUUUUCUAUUGACAAGUUUUAGAAUUAGUCUUUCUGUCAAUAAAGAAGAUAGUUUAUACUGAGAAUGAUAUUGCAGUUUUUAAUUGUUUGAAUAUUGAGAGGGGAUGAAAAAUUGUAGCAAAGAAUUAAGCAAUUUAUGUAAACUUGAAAAAUAUUGAUGUAUGUUGAUAUUUGCAACUGAUAACCUGAUGUUAUAAAUAAACUUAACUCCUCUUUGUAAAUGAGAGAAAAGAGAAAAAUCAGAAAGAAGUCCUUCAAUAAAUAGUUAUCCAUGACAGUAAGGAUAUGUAGUGGAAACUGUGUCUGUGGUGUAGUGUGUUCAAUGAAGUUCUGUCGAGGAAAGUUAAUAGUAAUGAAUCAUGAUAUUUUUUAUUAUCAUUUAGACUUUUAUUGUUCUUAUUUGUUCAUUAUUAUUAUUAUUAUUGUUAUUAUUGUUGUCAUUAUCAUUAUUAUUACUACUAUUAUUAUUAUUACUGUUAUUGUAUUAUUAUUAUUUUAUCAUCAUUAUUAGUAUCAUUAUUAAUGCAUUUCACAGCAUUGCUUCUAGUAUUUGUUACUAAUGACAUAACAGCUAAGAGAAGCCGCUAAACGUAUGGGUUUCUUGCGAAUAUCUCACGCAUUCCUUUAACAUUCCGUAGAAUAUAGGCAAUUCUAUCUCUUCAUUCGCGAGUUAAAGCAAAAAUGUACAUUGUUUGUUCUCUCUUUAUUUUAUAAGGGAUACUUGGAAUCAUUCUAAUCAGAAAUGUCCAUUGUGUUAAUGCGUGCAACACUUUGACAAUCGUAUUUUUUAAGGCUAAUUUUCUAAUGUGAUAGAUUGUUUGUAUAAAGCCGUUUUUUAGUGAUAUAAUUUUUUUUUUUUUAAUUUUUAAAAAAGUUUUAAUCACAGUUCUGUCAUACUUACUUGGGAUACUUAAGGUAUUUUGUAAUUAUGUUACUUUUUUUUUUGUGAGAACUGUCUUGUAUUUUGUUCUAAGAAAGAAGGAAAGUACAUGCCACACUUUUUCUUUUCUUUUUUUUGUGCAUUGUAUAAUGACUUAGGUGCCCAAAUGUGCAGUUUUAACUUUAUGCCUGAAUGUGUUUGGUGUAUUUUGUUCUAUUACGGUGACUGUCCCCAAACUAAGCUUGCAUCAUAGAAUGGAUUCAACGACCAGAAUAAUGAGCCUCCGAUGCCAAAAUAACAUUCAUUAAGCGUCAACUGAGCGGAACUGUUGACAUUUCUCUCUGGCUUCGUAGUUGUAGAAAGAAGGUUGAAUUAGAAUGGCUGAGUCCACAGAUGUUGAUUAACGUUUCUUUAUUGCAUCUUCACUUUAAUGAGAUAACACGAAACUGUUCACUCUGAUUCGACUCCAUUUUCUACACGUGUUACAGUGAACUCUGUUCUCGUGAAACGUCCAGGUAGUUAGUUUUCUGGUCAUUCUCAUCAGCUCGCGCAUCAAACUCCGUUAUAAUCAGCCGAGCGCCUUUUGUUGUGUAUGUCGAUGUAGCUGAUGAAGAGCCCAGCCAGUCUCGUCAUGCAUUUGUUCACACAUUUUGUUGUAUUUUUUCCCCUCUCUUUCUUUCCUUUUUUUGUUUUUUGUUUUAGUUUAGCAUUUUGCAAGAAUUCACAUUGGUGCUCCCCAAGGUUAGCGAACAAGGGUCUAGGGAAGGCUAGCUUAUCAAAAGGAAAACUCCAUUCUCACCCAGGCUUCAUUGCGGAAGUACAUUAUGACGUAGUUUUCCUGGUCUGUCAUAGUAUGUAAGAUGUGGGAAAUGAACGUGACUAUGAGUUAAAAAAGAAUAAAACAUGAAAAAAAAUUCUACUGGUGCCAAAAAAGCAGUGUCUUUGAUAUAAUUUAUGGUGGUAUUUCCUCUGGUUACGUAGAGUCUUACACAAAGUGGAAUGAUUUAUGUGUAUCACAAGAUAUACCUAUGAAAGUGAUCCAAUUAUAUGUAUUUCUGCAAUACUGAUGCAUUUGUCUUUGUUUAGUAAAUAUAGAGUUCUCUGUUAUAACAUGCCUCUGUACUCCGUCCCUAUCUCCCUUGUUUUUAUUUCUUUUUUUUAUUAUCUAAUAUGAAAAUUUUAUUAUAAUAUACCUGUAAAUAUUGUUUGGGUUUUUAUUUACCAAUGCCUGAACCACCUGCUCUUUUAAGACAGACCUUUUUAGUCGCAUGGCAGCGCGAGAGAACUUCAAGAAGCGCUGGUAGAUUUCUACCGUUCCCGUGACCCUUGUAGUCUGGCCUGUCAUUUAAUGUUGCAUGACUUUACUACCAUAACCUUGGUGCUGUGGGACCUUUGAGGAAGGAAUAAUGUGCCCCCAUACCCAUGUCUUCCUCUGUCCCUCCUUUGUUUUCCUUUUUACUGUUAUUUCUCUGCUACCUCUGCCGAUGUCUAUUGUCUAUUUAGUUCUGGUUGGUAUUGGUACUCUCUCUGUAUUGCUCUCUCUCUAUCUUCUUCCCUUUAUCUCUGUUCCUCUUCCUUGUCCCUGCCCCUGUCCCUCUCCCUUCCCCUGUCUCUUUCUGUGGGUUGAGGGCCUGUCACAUGUUUUAACAUCAGGCAUGGCUAAGUACAUUGCCUUCCAUGCACUAAGGUACUUUCCCCACAUGUAACAACAACAACACACACACACACACACACACACACACACACACACACACACACACACACACACACACACACACACACACACACACACACACACACACACAC